AUGGACACGGCUACGAGACAAGUAAAACUUCUCCGUAUCGGGAAUAUCAUAUCGUUCCUGCUUGCUUCUGGCAUUCAUCUUGCUGCGAUACUCGUCUUAUCACCGAAUAUUGGUACUAUCAUCGACGACAAUUUCUGUUUUUUCACUCCGGACAAAUCGUUUAUAUAUGUAUUCUGGGGGUUAUAUUAUCUGUUGGCAUUUGGAUUCGUUUUCUAUGCUCAGUUGAUCGAUGAAGAAUAUGCACAAAAAAUUGUAAAGGGAGUAAUUGGACCGUGGUUUAUUGUUUCUAACCUCGUUUUGGUUGGUUGGGUCCGAUUUUUGCUCGCAGAAAACUUUGACUGGGCUUUUAUUCUCUCGAUCAUUAACUCUGUUAUUCUAGCCUACGUCCAUCGCAAACUCUUCCGCUUCUUCCCCCUAUACAGUCUUCCUACCCACUAUCGCAUUGCCAACAUCUGGUUGAUUUUUGUUCCAUUCUCCAUGCUCGUUGCGAAUUGGUUCUAUUUCGCAAUAUACACUGGAUUCCAAACAGUUGACUUCGAUGGUGAUAUGGAUAGUUACGUGGCUACGGUGAUUCUGUUGAUUUAUACGAUUAUAGGUUGGGGAUGGAUCGUAUUUGGCUGGUUUACUCGAAGAAAUAGAGAUGGAUUUUUUGGCAUUUCGGUUGCUUGGCUGCUUUCUGCUGUUGCUUCUGAACAGCGAGAUGUCUUCCUUUUCGCCGCACUAGCAGGGAUCCUCUCGAUCUCAUUGUUUGGAGCUAUUUUCAUUGUCUUCCUUAGGGAUGGAGGGUCGUUCACUCAGGCAUUAUAUUCUAAUCAGGACUCCACUGCCGAAGAAAGGGAGCCAUUGAGUGAAUCAUGA